GGGCAGCACUGACUGUAGUGGACGGUUGGGGCAUCUGUGAAGAUUAAGUAAUAGUUGAAGUCAUUAUUGAACAAUUCAAACAUUUGGGGACAUUCCUUGGUAGUUCAGUGGCAUCAGGUGAUAGUAUCGACAACAGUGGACAGUGGUUAACGUUUUCAAACAUAGUUGUUCGUCUCAUCUGUAACGAAGCCCAUUCCUGUCUACCUUCUGCCUCCCUCUCCUAAUCUUAGAGACAAAGAUGUCCCGGUUUCCUUUUACCCAUCUAGCUGUGAUGACAGUUCUGUUGUUUAUCGAUACAAAAUUUCUGGCCGUUACUUCGGAUCAAGAAUUUGAUGAAGCUUACUACAAGCCUUUGCCACCUGGCUAUUCCUAUGGUUAUCUUCAGACAACUCCAUCGGAAAAAUUCUAUAAGAGAGAAAGUCUACUGCAAUGUGCCGUCGUCGCUCUAAACAGCCAAUCACAAUUCUUUACUUACAACAAAGUCAGCCAUGUUUGUAAGAAUUACUCGCCGAAAGAUAUAAUGACAGUCGUCAGCGCGAAUGACAGCAACGAGAUUUCCUUCUAUAGAAAUAGCCAGUGGAUUAGAAUAUAUGCCUUAUCAGUCGGAGCCGGUUCGAAAGUCUAUGAUUCAUUUAUAAAUAAAGGAAGUACUUCAACCUGGAAAGUAGACGAAUGCAUUGGUACAUUUUGUCCUAACUUCUUCCGACAUCCCAUCCUUGAUUUCUGGAACUAUCUUCCAAUUGAUGAGGUAUGUAGGCAUAUCCACGCACAAACAUACAUUAUUGCUUUCUUAAUAAUGGUAAUAAUGAUUAACAGACAUUUAAAUCAAUUCAGUUAUGUUUGAAACAUACUUGAUCUGUAAAAUAUAUAUUAGGAAUGUGGUGAUUUUAAUCCUCGGCAUACUGCAGUAAUAAAAAUAUCUAUU